CCCAAGCCCUGAAAAGGCAAAAACGUACCACCAACAUACCACUGGUAGCAGUGCCGUAGAUUAACCGAGUGGGGCAGUUUGAGUCAAGCCAGCCAGCAGCGCUGGACCAGCCUAGGGUCUAGCACGAGUACUACGACCGACCAACCGACUUCAUUUCGACCACUCAAUCCAACAAGGAGCUUUUUGACAGUCGACUUUUAGUCGUAACUUUGCAUCGAUUCAAUUCAAUUCAUUUUUUCUCUCUACUUUUCUCUAUCGACGACAAAUAACGAAAUAGAGAAAUAAAAAAGAGGAACGGUUUAUUUCUAAACCGUUCGACAAACGUCGAUGAGAAAAUUAUUCCAUUUAAUCGGUCGCAUGUAGCCAACUAAAUUCCAACCAUGUCUGCCGAAGCGACCGCCGCAAUGGCGUCUGCGCCCAAGUCUGAGAUGGUUGAGAUUGAAGUCGCAAGCGAUCCUCCCAACAACGAUGCACUUAACAACAAGCAUACCGGCCUUCACUCACCGCCCGAUAGUAACAGCGCAAUGAAGCUGGACGGUAGCGACGAUUCCGAGCUGAGUGAUUUGGACGAUCCAGAUCUCAUUGAUAUGACUGUCGAUAUGGACCUUCACUUAUCGCCUCCCUCACCCUCCGCACCCUCGAACAAGCAAGACCAAAACCAGGAGUCCGAUAAUGUCAAACGCGAGGAAGAAGAAGAAGAGGAAGAUAUCGGCGAGGUUACCCCCGACCAUUGGUCCGGCACUGUGCCCGUUUUCAAGCCGGACAUGCACCAAUUCAAGGAUUUUAAGAAAUUCAUGACUAAGGUUGAUUGUUACGGUAUGAAAUCCGGCAUCAUUAAGAUCAUUCCUCCAAAGGAAUGGACGGAUCAGCGUCCUCCUCUCGACGAUAUGAUCAAGCAAAUCAGAGUCAAAGAACCUAUUAAGCAGGAUAUCAUGGGUUCCAACGGCACUUAUCGACAAGUCAACAUACUUCAUCAACGAUCUUACAACAUUCCACAGUGGCGACAACUCUGCGAUCAGAGCGAGCAUCAACCGCCUGCUCGACGUGGCGAGAGGCGUGCGCAGGCUCCCUCCAAACCGAAACCAGCUUCCUCGACUACCACCGACUCUAAGAGACGCGGACGGCCAUCCAGGGGCAAGGGAAAGCGAGGCGCCGCUAAAGAUGCCGCCGCCGACCAAGAAGAUCGACCAAUGACACCGGUCUCUCCAAAACCGAAUGAAGAAGUCAUCGAAUCUGUAGAGCAGGACCCGGGCGCAGAUGUGGACGAUGACGACGGACCCCCCGUUGUCGGUCGGAUGGGUGGCUCUAGGCAGGCCAAGCCCAAGACGCAGUCUACGUCGGCCCGAAGGAAGUACGCGAGGCGAGAAGCAUCAGCUAGGAUCGAUGAGGAAGCCUUCAAGGACUUCGACUACCGUAUGGACAUCUCCGAUUAUACACCUGAGAGAUGCGAGGAACUCGAGCGAAUAUAUUGGAAAACCCUUACCUAUGCCCAACCCUUGUACGGCGCCGAUCUUCCCGGAACGCUAUUUGACGAUGAAUGCGAUGUCUGGAAUCUAAACAGGCUUCCCAACUUACUUGAUGUCCUCGGCACUAAAGUGCCUGGUGUCAACACGGCAUAUCUCUACCUGGGUAUGUGGAAGGCGACUUUCGCAUGGCAUCUCGAGGACGUCGACCUUUACAGUAUUAAUUAUUUGCACUUUGGAGCUCCGAAGCAAUGGUAUAGUAUCUCUCAAGGCGAUGCACGUCGAUUUGAAGCCGCCAUGAAGAGCAUUUGGCCUACCGAGGCCAAGGCUUGCGACCAGUUCCUACGUCACAAGGCUUUCCUCAUCUCACCAAACCAUCUGCAGCAGUACUUUAACAUCAAGGUCAACAAGUGUGUCUCCUAUCCUGGCGAAUUCGUUGUCACUUAUCCAUACGGUUAUCAUUCAGGGUACAACCUGGGAUAUAACUGUGCCGAGGCCGUCAACUUUGCUUUGGACUCCUGGAUGCCUAUGGGAAAGAUUGCUAAGAGGUGCGAAUGUGCCCAGGCUCAAGAUAGUGUAUGGGUAGACGUAUACGAGAUCGAGCGCAAGCUGAGAGGAGAGGAGACGGAUUAUGAAGAAACCGAAGAUGAGGAGGAGGAAGACGAAGAGGACGACGAAACUGGCACCGUGGGUCUGACUCCGCUUUCCUCCCAAGCAGCGAGAUUCAAGCAGCCUGGACGAAAACGCAAACGUGUAACAACUGAGAAAGGGGAGAAGAAGGCCAAGAAGAUACGACUCCGUGUCAAGAAUCACAUCGAUCCCCCCUGCUGUUUGUGUCCUCACGAUAUACCCGGCCAAGAAGUGCUCCCGACGAACGAUGGUCGUGGGGCUCAUCGCAUUUGCGCGCUCUACGGACCGGAGACCUGGAUCGAGACGGUUGAAGGAAAGGAAAUCGUCGCCAACGUGGAGAACCUUAGCAAAGCGCGCCUGGAGCUCAAGUGCUUGUAUUGCCGCUCUAAGAGGGGAGCAUGUUUCCAGUGCUCGCAGAAGAAAUGCGCUCGAUCAUAUCAUGCCACUUGUGCCGCAGCGGCUGGCGUCAUGGUAGAAGAGGCAGAUGUCCCGAUCUUCGGAGAGGAUGGGACCGAAUACAAGGAACGAGGUUUCGAGUUUAGUUGUCGCUUCCACCGAACCAAGAGAGACAAGAAAUUAAACGGUGAUGUACUGGACGAAUGCCAGAAGACUCGGCAGGCAGCCGCAGCUCUCAAGAAAGACGACAUAUGUCAGCUGCAGUACUACCGUGGGGAAAUAUUUGCGGGCGUCAUCGUCGAAAACCGAAUUGAUGAGCGCACAUUCCUGGUUGACAUUAUUCCUCAUGGGGAUCGUGUCGAGGUGGAAUGGAAAUGGCUUCUUCUCCCGGAUCCAGCUGACUUCCACCUACAGAGGGCGUCUGCUAAUGCUAUUCCCAUGCCCACAUCGCGCAAAGCCAAAGAUCAAAUCAACGCCACCAAGAGGGUCACGGAGGAAUUACCUCGCGCAGACGCGCCAUUCGUCGAAGGAUUCACCUGGGCGGAAUUCAACGCAUGCGAUUGCACCAAUAAGUCGCAGGCCAAAGUUGAUCUCACCAAGGACAACCAGAUCUGGUAUUACCUUGGAGGAACGUCGACGGAAGCUCGCGCUCAGUACACAGAUGAUCCGAAGAAGCCUAAGCACAACCCUAAGAGCAACUUCUUGGAGACUAUCCCGCGACCAGCUCCACCUGCGGUUCAACCUCGAAAGUCGUACGGAUCUACGUUCUCGGUCCAAACACCGAGCACGACAGCUGGGAAAUCCGAUAAGCCGUACCAAUACAAACCAAGGGAUCCUGUCGCACCAUCAUACGUUCGUUCUCCCUUUACAACCCAGCAGUUUGUUCCGAAGCCUCCUCCGUUCACAGCACAUCAAUUCGUCCCGAACCCAUCACCAUUUACCUCGCAAGCUGCCUCUGCACCAAGGCUAGUCCCGGCGCCCAGACCUCAGCAAAACGUACAGUAUGCCCCACAGCAAGCUGUGCCGAAGCAGGCUCCCGCAAUCCAACAAAACGAACAGUACUCUUCGCCGCAAGUAAUCCCCAAGCCUCCCUCCACCCCUCACUACAUCAAUCAAUAUUCUCUGCAGCAACCUAUGCAGCAGCCGGCUUUUACAAACCAACAAGAUGGGCAUAUUUCUCAGCAGACGGCACCAAAGUCCGCUUCUGCAUCACAGCAGAACGGACAGUGCCCGUCGCGUCAUUCCACCCCCAAGCCUAUAUCUACGCCUCAGCAAAGCAUACAGUAUGCUUCACAACCGACUAUAUCAAAACCAAACCCUAUACCUCGUCCGACACCCACACAGAACGGACAUAAACGGAAUCGAUCAUCGCUCAAUAGUCAGGGUAGCCAAGCAUUGGCGUUUGGCUCGGAUCGACGGUUCAGAACUCCGCCUUUCUCAUACGGAACUAGUCGGAUCGAUUCCGCUGCCAAAUCGCCCUUCAGCCAUGGGUUUAUGCAACCUCCAGGCCUUGGGCCCUCGCCGUCGCCGCAGAAUGGACAACUUUUCCAGGCUCAAGCCAGGGCCAGGUCGAGUUCGCUGGCGUCUAACCGUUCUUACGACACGCCGAUGACUUCAUCCGCUAUUCGCCCACCUUCUUCUGCAUCGGCGCACGGGACAAUUGGAGAACCCCAGAUUCUCCAACAACAGAAUACCGUUAAACAGCCACGACCAAGCAUUGUCCAGAAGUAUGCGUUUUUCCAGGUCCAUCACAACAGGGAUUCCACGAAGUACAGGACGCCAUAUGCUCAAUGGGGAGGGUUUACCAAUGGAUACGAGGGCAACCUUCGAGCUCACUUGAUGAGAUCCCCCGAAGCACUGUUCGAUAUUAGGAGGCGCUCUACAGGAUUUGCUAUGGGCACAUCUGGUCUAGGCCCAGCUCCUCGGAUUCCAUUUAGUAAUGGUUUCGAGAACAAGGAUAUUCCGAAUCCGGCGCUGCACUCGGCUCAUCAUGAUCCAUCUCGUCAGGCAGCCGCCUUGCCUCACCCUGCCUCUCCUGGCCCACUCGGUGCGCAGAAAGCCGUGCCAUCUGUUACGGAUGGUCGUCAGCAGCCAUCCAUGUUUACCCCAAGUUCAUCGGAUCCAAACCAAGAGCCCGUAGCGCAAUUGCACCCUGCAAUCCGAGCUCAGUAUGCUGCCAUGUUACAGAGGAGCAGCCUGGAGGUUCAUUAUCGGCCUCAGAGCCAGCAGAAUCCUGCUGAGGACCGCCUAAUUACUCAGGAUAAAAAACCAGCACCGGCUGUUUCAGCAUCCUCGCAACCAUUCAGAAAUCUAACGCCCACAUCAGUGCCAUCAGAUACUCAAUUUAUAGCAGAUAGCCGUAUGCCUUCGCUUUCGACCACGGAUAACAAAACGUCUUCGUUGACAAACGCAAGCUCCACGACAACGUCCAGUGCGCCCAAACAAACUCACAUACCCGCUCCUCGACCAUGGGAAGCAUUAAGAAAGACGCAGGUCACGGUUCAGCCCAAUGAGCAACCCUCGAACCCGUACUCGCCUUCAGGUGUUGUUGUUCCCGCCGUACCUGCUCCGACUACUACUCCAAACGCGCCGGGUCCCUCUAUGGACGACGGAUCUGGGACUCUGAGGCACAUGACAGAUCCAGGGCUUCAGCCCAGCAAUCGUCAACCCAGCCAGCCCCGAGAAAUCGUACAGACUUUACAACCAACCACUAUUCAUCAAUUACGAACCCCCGCAGGGCAUUUAUUCGCACCAGCAAUUCAACAGGAAUCGACGGAACUCGCGCAACCAGCCCCUGUGGUGAAUACUCCCGCACCGGUGCCCGUAUCCUCUUCAGUCGUAGGGGCAGGUACAAAUGACCUCCCAGAGGUACCGGACGACUCGAUGGAGUUGAUCGAGAGCAUCAUCAGAGAUGCUCGCAGGAUAAGUGAUACGUAUAGUGGCCCUGCGAGCGGCAACGUUUAAGUUGUCGCGCGCAGGGUA